AUGGAAAAAGAACGGUCAAGAGGGUCACUUUCCAGCUAUUUUUCCCCUGUGGCACAGGUGAGGAAGGCUCUGCAGAAAAUCAUGGCCCUUUUAUCUGCCAAUGGUAUAGCUGCUGUGAACAACUCUGACACUCGCGUAACAGGCUGCCUCCUCACUGGCAUCCCUGGGCUGGAGCACCUACACAUCUGGCUCUCCAUCCCUUUCUGCACCAUGUAUAUAGCCUCCCUGGCAGGCAAUGGCAUUCUAAUUUGUGUCAUCCUUUCCCAGCCAAGCCUGCAUGAGCCCAUGUACAUAUUCCUGUCCAUGCUGGCCAGUGCUGAUGUCUUGCUCUCUACUUCCACCAUGCCCAAGGCACUGGCCAACUUCUGGCUUGGUUCCAGCCACAUUUCCUUUGAUGGAUGCCUCACCCAGAUGUUCUUCAUCCACUUUCUUUUUGUGGCCGACUCUGCUGUCCUCUUGGCCAUGGCCUUUGACCGCUAUGUGGCCAUCUGCUCCCCUCUGCAUUAUGCCACGAUCCUCACAAGUAAGGCCAUUGGGAAGAUUGCCACUGCCACCAUGACCCGCAGCUUCAUCAUCAUGUUUCCAUCCAUCUUUCUCCUCAAGCGCCUGCACUAUUGCCGGAUCAACAUCAUUGCACACACAUUUUGUGAACACAUGGGCAUCGCCCGUCUGUCCUGUUCUGAUAUCUCCAUCAAUGUCUGGUAUGGCUUGGCAGCUGCUCUCCUCUCCACAGGCCUGGACAUCAUCCUUAUUGCUGUUUCCUACAUCCAUAUCCUCCGAGCUGUCUUCCACCUCCCUUCUCGAGAGGCCCGCUCCAAGGCCCUGAGCACCUGUGGAUCCCAUGUCUGUGUCAUUCUGCUCUUCUAUAUCCCUGCCCUCUUUUCUGUCUUUGCCUACAGGUUUGGUGGGAGACGUAUCCCACGCUAUGUCCAUAUCCUCCUGGCCAACCUCUAUGUGGUCAUCCCGCCUAUGCUCAAUCCCAUUAUUUAUGGAGUGAGGACCAAGCAAAUUUUGGAAGGAGCUAAGCAGAUGUUUUCAAAUAUGGUCAAAGAAUCUAAAUAAAUCCU